UUAGGAAAUAAAUGUGUGAAAUAAUUAAAUAAAUAAAUGAUAGAUUUUGUUUAAUUGAAUAAAAAGCAGCAAGCUAAAUCAUAUCUUAGAAAUUCAUAAUUAGAUUUAAAUAUCAUACAAAAAAGAAAGUCAUUCAUAUAAACAUAAAUAACUAAAUAUUUAUAAAGGAGUAUCUAUAAAAAGCAAUAUUAAUUACUUAAUUAAUUAAUUUAUAAUUCAAUACAAUUAUUUGUAAAUAAAUAUAGCACUUAGCUUAAAUAGAAUUUUUAGUUAGUUAAAUUAAUAUCACAAAGCAAAUGUCAGGAGAAAGUGAAGUAGAAAACUGUAAUGGUUUUAGAUUUUGUAAAGACUGCGGCAAGCUAUGUAUUCCUUAGCGUGCCAGCACAUAAGAAUAAAAUGUAAUGAUUUUCAGUUGCUCUAGUUGCGGUGAAAGAAGAUGUGUCAUCAAUUUAAAAGGAGUGAGAGAUGACCAAGUUAUUAAAAAGACAUAAAUUCUCCAAUCAGAGGCUGCAGAUAUUAAAAAUAGAGCAUUGGGUUAAGAUCCUUCUAUGCCAAGAAAAUAAAUGUAUUGCAGAAAUUGCAAAAUAGACUCAGAAGUAGUUUAUUACUACAAAGCAGGAAAGGAAGAAAAAAAUAUUGUAAUUUAAUAUAUAUGCAAAGAAUGCGGAUUUUGUUGGACAAGUGAUGAGUUAGCAAAAUGGAAAAAGGAAGGUAUAGAUAGGGAUAAUUUACCAGAAGACUUCAAAUUAGAAGAUGAAGAUUAAUAUAUUGAAGACAAUUACGAAGAAGAUUAAUUCUACGGAGAAGGAGAAGAUGAAAGUGAUGAAGAUAAAAAAGAAUAAAAGGAAGUAGAUGACAUCUUUGGAGAAGACGACCUCUUUGGUGAAGAUGAAGGAAUUUAAGAUUGAAGCUAUUUACUUGCUUAACUCUAUUAAAAGCUUAAGUAGUAAAAAAACCUGAAUAAAAUAUGCUAAAUAAAAUUAAAGAAAAUAUACUUAUUUACUUACUAAAAUAGCUUUAAAGUACACAGUAGAAUCUAAGGUUAUAAAAAUUCUACUUCAUUUACCUAUCUCUCUACUAUUUAUCAAGCAUUAAUUAUGGGUAAUUCACUAAAUAAGUUAAAAAUUAUGUAGUUAGAUAGUUAUAUAUACCACUUUUAUUUAUAAAAAAUAAAAAUAGAUUUGAUAAAAUAUUAAGACGAUUU